GUGUGUGUCGUAGAGCGGGGUCCUCGCGCACGCACACAGGAAGGACAGAGGGCUGUUAGCUAGCAGACGGCGGGCAACUGUAAACAAGUCACUUUUAUAAACCUCGCAUAACAAACAUACCUAACGCUGACUUGUUCAUCCAUUUGCAUGGCUUUUGAAAUGUUGCUUUAAAGCGUGUUUGACUGUAUACCCGCAGACUGUUCAAUUAUUACCGCAGGUUUGCGUUUUUUACAGAGCUGGGAUGCAAGCAGCUAGAGAAACGCGCACCCGACUGCACAGCUAAAGCUUCACUUUCUUCAUAAAUAUUCUUUCAUCAGUAUUAACAUUAUAAAACAUAUAUAAAAUGACUGAUCAUGUGUAACGGGGUGAAGUAGUGACAUUUUGACAGUAAGCUAUGUUUUUAAGGGCUUUGUUAGCUUGGCUAAGGUUUAUUUUCUCAGCUAGCUUAUAAGCUAAUGCUAGCUCUUUAACAUUCUUGUACAAACUCAUAACUUUAGAUUAAUGUUAUUUGUUUUAUUUUCGCAACGCCUGUAUAAAAGGUGUUCUGUUGGUCUAAAACAAAUUCUCUGACAAUUUUUAUGUUAAACUAAUUUAGGCGAGAGUGACGGCUAACUAUCCUAAAGCAAAUUUGACAGGCUGAAAAAAAAAACAGGAGCGUAAUUACGUCCAAUAAAGUAUUAUACUGUUAAAAUGCUUAGAAAGGAGUUAAUGUUUCCAUAAACAAGUCUUUGAGCUGGCUGGACCAUUGCUAUGGAAAUUCCUGGAAGUGUCAGUGCAAUACAGAUGAAGGUGCGCAGGACCAAAACUGAUGGAAACCAACAACUGCUGAGAUGAAUUAACCAGGAAUCAAAUGGUUUUGAAAGCCUCCAAUCAUGGGUGAUAUGAAGACCCCUGAUUUUGAUGAUCUCUUGGCUGCCUUUGACAUCCCUGAUGCGACCAGUUUGGAUGCCAAAGAGGCCAUUCAUGGGAAUCAAGAUGAGGUAGAGGGACACCUUAAACACUCAGAGAUGUGUAUGGAUGCCACGGUUUUGAUCCCUCACUCAGAGCCGACAAACGAUGUCCCUGCUGUCAGUGUUAUCGUAAAGAACACUAGCCGCCAGAACUCCUAUGAAAAUCUUGUAGAGAGGGAGAACACUCAUUUUGGGCACCUUUUACAAAAUGGGUUCAAAAGUUCUACAGGCUCCCUGGAGACACAUCCCUCCAGCUAUCCAAAACUGGAUAGCUCUUCUGUCAACGGAGACUGUUCAAGACGUUCCAUGGAAAAGAUUCCUGUCCUCUACAAGAAUGAAAAUGUUCCCUCAGUUUCAGCAUCUAUGCCUCAGUUUAGCCCUAUAUCCAGCCCAGAAUCUGAAGACAUUCAUCGCAAUGGAAUCAAUGACCGUCCAAAAUCUGCAGAGACCUCGUACUUCUCAUCUGAUUCACUCUUUACAUCUUCGCCUCUUCCUGUUUUAGACAAUCAUUUGAAACCAGAUGCAUCCAGCUUGACAUGCAAUGAAAGACUUCCUGGUUCAAAAGGUGUGAAUGAUCUUGGGUGUGAUGGAUCAUCUUUCAAAGACGAUAUGGUUGAACAAAAUUCUGAGACUAAGAGGGACAGCAUCCAAGAUUGUGGAACAAAUGCAUAUCUGUCUCCUGAGACAAAUAUUUCUUCUUCCCGUCCAUGCGUCAAAGCUCACAGCUCUAGAUUAUCCUCUUGCCUUGAUGCAUUAGCAGCCUUGAAUGCUAAAAAGGAUCCAGGUGGGCAAACAAAUUCAAAGGAUUUCCCAGUUACCCCAAAAGAGUUGAAAGAGAUGAAAAUUAGUCCAAAAGUACCAAUAUCACCAAGGAGCCCAAGAAGUCCUCUGGAGGUGGUGAAACGUUUCGCCAAACAGCCUGACAGUCCAAUGAGUAUAUGCAGUGACAGCAGUGGUAAAGCAUCUCCAGCUGUCGCUGCUGGCUCGCCUCCAGCCAUCCCACGAGUCAGAAUAAAGACAAUCAAAACCUCAUCUGGAGAAAUCCAACGCACCGUCACAAGCAUAUUGCCAGACUCUGAAACUGAAGAUCUCAUGUCACCGUUUGGGUCAUCGCCAUCUCAGUCCUCGGCUGAAGAUGCCUUCUCGAAAACAUUUUCUGUGUAUCGUUCAGAUGAUACCAUUUCAGAGGUCAUUUUUGAAAAUGGAAAGCAGGAAGCUUCAAAGACACCCUUACUGGGGAGCAAAUCCAGCACAAAAUCAGUGAGGAACUCAAAGAAACCUCAAACCCAAAAUAAUGGUCAUGCUCUAAAGACAACACUUGGUGGCAACAAGCAAAAGAAGGCUUCUUCUGCUCAGAUUGGUUCUUUUGCUAAUACAAACUACCUUCCGAAGGCGUUACACUUGGCAAACCUAAAUCUAGUUCCACAUAGCGUAGCUGCCUCAGUUACAGCAAGGUCUUCCACUAAUAGACAGGAGCCCUCUCAGUUAUCAUCAUCAAUGGUGUGCAGUUCUGUACCACUGGUGCAUCAAGUUAAAAAAGUCUCUCCAAACACACGAGCUGUUGUCCCAAAUACUGCAGCUGGAACCUUAAACAGACUGUUGAAUUACUCAAACCCAGUACCAACAUAUGUUCCUGACCUGAGUCCACCACCAGGCACGGAUAUCAAGCUCCCACCGCAGGGCUAUUGCUGCCUAGAAUGCGGAGACUCAUUCGGGCUGGAAAAGAGUCUUGCUUACCAUUACAGCCGUAGAAGUGUGCAUAUAGAAGUCGCGUGCACCCACUGCUCCAAAACAUUGGUGUUUUUUAACAAAUGUGCUCUCUUGGCACACGCUCGAGAUCACAAGAACAAAGGCAUGGUGAUGCAGUGCACUCAGUUGUUUAUGAAGCCCAUUGCUGUUGACCAGAUGUUGGCGCCCAUCAAGCCUAAGCAGUCUGUAAAUCAGAUACCUUGUGGGAACAGCGCCACAGAGUCAUCCAAAAGCCAGGUGGUCUUGCCACUUUAUCCCGACAAAGUUAUCAAACAUGGAUUUAAAUGUCUGGACUGUAAUAAACAGAUGUCAGACUACACAGCACUUGCGUGUCACUAUCAGAGGGCAACAGAGGCUAAUGGUCUGAUGUGCAAGGUUUGCUCAAUGUUGCUCCCCAACAAGUGCAGCUACAGGGCCCAUCUGCGCAUUCAUUCACACAAAUCUCCUUAUUGCUGUCCUGAAUGUGGGGCUCUCAGUCGCUCAGUGGACAUCCAGAAGCAUGUGAAAGAGAACUGCCUCCACUAUUCCCGUAAAAUUGGAUACUCGUGUCUGCAUUGUGAAAUGCUUUUCAUGUCCCUGUCCCUCUUGAAGACUCACAUUGAGGAGAAGCAUUGUGAGGUCUUCUAUAAGUGCACUAUCUGUCCUGUAGCCUUCAGAUCUUCCGAUGGCUGUCUGAUGCAUGUAAAAAACAAGCAUGGUGGCAGUGAACCCAACCAUCAGGUGAUCUACAAGUGUUCCUGUGAAACAGUCUUUAAGAGGAAGCAGUUGUUGUAUCAACAUUUUCAUCAUCGUAUAUGUGUGUUCAAGUGUCCACAUUGCACUUCAUUCUUCCCGGAGAAACUACUUUUGGUGCAACAUUUCAAGACUGUUCAUGGUGGAGUUUUCAGAAGCGAAGCAGAAAAAAGUCCCAAAAAGACAGAGACAGCAUCUUUCUCACCACCGAACCUCCAACCAGGGUUGAGCAAAGCGAUUAAUGAGGCCUGCAUGAAGGAAAGGGAGAGCUCUGCAGCAGAGAAGUCAAGUUCUGGAGUUAGAAUGAAGAAUGCUGGUUGGACCUGUGGAGAAUGCCUCCUGUGGGUCCCUGACAGAGAGACCUACAUCAGUCACAUGAAGACCAGCCAUGGCAAGUCAAUAAAGAAACAUCCAUGUCGACUAUGUGAAAGGUCCUUCAAUUCACCCAUGAGUCUUAAACGACACCUUCGAAGUGACCACGAUGGAAGAAGGAAAGUUUUCACAUGCUGGUACUGCACAACUGAGAGGAUAUCUUUUACUAAACACACUAUGCUAAAGAACCACAUCAGCUUGAUGCAUGGAAUCAAGAACCCAGAUUUCAGCCAAAUGGCAAAGCUAGCAUCUCCGGAGGUGGGCAAACCCACAGGCGAGAAGCUGAAAAGAAAAGCAGAGGAGGCUCAUGGAGUUGCAGGAAAUGGGGAAACAUCACACAGCGUCAGUGCCAAGCGCCAUAAGCCACUUUAUCGCUGUGCCAAAUGUGGCUUUAGUUCUGAAGACCAGGCCCAGUUUCAGGAGCACAUACCUCAACACAAAACCGACAGCGACGCACCCCAGUGCCAGCACUGCGGCCUAUGUUUCACAUCUCAGUUAGCACUCACCAGACACCUCAUCAUUGUACACAAGGUCAAAGAACCGGAGGAGCAUGAGGACUUUAACAGAGAGGACGCAGGGAAAGGACAAGAACACUCAACAAACUUGAGCGAUGAAAUCGUACCUCUUUCAGCAAAAAAGACUGGCCUGUCCACAGAGAAGGAGCAAAGCAAACUCCACAGUGGGCCCACAGACAGUGCUUUCAACAUCAGUAACAACACGCAGGCAUCAGAAGCAAGUGGAUUUGAGGAAGAAAAGGCCUAGACAGAAGAAAGGACUCCAAUGGAAAGCUGCUAAUCAACUUGAAUAUGCAGCUGAUAAAUGUGGUACUGGAAACAUGUUGCCUUACAGUGAAAUACUAUAUCUCAUGUCAUUUAUCACAUAUAUGAAAUAAUGUUUAAACAGACACUCCUUCAGAGUUUUAUUGCGUUAUUUGGUUAUACUUAACUGUUAAAUUCAUGCAAUUAAUUGUCACCUUUUCUACUGCUUACUUGUCCAUCUUAUGUAUGUGGAUAAUCAUAAUUUAUUUUUGUGUAAUUGCAGAAGCAUGUCAGUGUAUUACAGUGUUUUGCUACAGAGCAAAUGUAUGUUUUUGUUCAUGUACCAAGUCAAAUCUGUCUGGGGUACAUUACAACGCAGGAAAUGUUAUGUAUGUUACUCAAUGUAGCCAUAAGAGAGACAGUCGCAUAUUAUUUUGACUGUUUUCAGGGUCACCAAAAAUGCUGAAGAAUUUAGUACAUUUGAUGGUCAAUCUUUGGUGGUGCUUAUGCUGUGCUGGUCUUGAAGGAAGGGCAUGAUGUUUGUUUUAUAUUUAUUAGGUAGCGUGCUUGUAUUACACAAAGCUAAACAUAUGUAACUGCAUUGUUACAAUGGAGAUUACAUUAUUCUAAAUGGUAUUCACUUAAACCCAGGUAUCUGCACUCAGAGAAAGUAUAUUUUCAUAUUCAUUCCAUUACAUUUAUAUUCAAUGAGCCAUUCUUACAAUCAAAUUUAGCACUUUUGUAAAUGCUUGUAUGAAAAAAAAAAUAAUUUACAUAUUAAAGACAUAAGUGACAACUUUAAAGUUUGUGCCAUCAGCAGCGGUUUGAUGUUUUGGGGGCCUUUAAAAUGUAAAAUACAAGGAUUACUAUUGUUUUUUUUUUGUUUGUUUGUUUUUUCACUUAUUUGUUAUUUCACCAAUAAUGUUUCAAAUUAAACCUUUAUGUCUGAUGCGUUUAAA